UGUGCCUGCUCAGAGCAGAUCUGGAUUAAUCGGACCGGUUAAGUGCAAUAUAAGCGGUAUAAAAUGAUUGAACACCGCCUAGAGGCACUGUUUGUGGUACUUCUCCAGGUUAUCUGCUUAGCUUGGAGCCAACCCUUUCCCAACUACCAUGCUGAUUUCGUGAAUAUCGGAGAUCGGGACACCGAUCUCAAGUGGUGGCAGACGGGCGCCUUCUAUCAGAUCUAUCCAAGGUCAUUUAAAGACAGCAACGGCGAUGGCGUGGGUGAUCUAAAUGGCAUUGCGGAGCAACUGCCCUACCUCAAGGAAAUUGGCAUCACAGCCACUUGGUUGUCGCCCAUCUUCACCUCGCCCAUGGCUGACUUUGGCUACGACAUUGCCAAUUUCACCGAGAUCGCACCAAUUUUUGGUACCAUGGCGGACUUUGAACAUCUGAUGGAAGUGGCCAAAAAGCUGGACAUAAAGAUCAUCCUGGACUUUGUGCCCAACCACUCGAGUGACGAGUGCGAGUGGUUCCGGCGCUCUGCGGCGGGUGAUUCCGACUUCAAGGACUUCUAUGUGUGGCAUCCUGGUCGCAUGGAGAACGGCAACCGGCAUCCGCCCUCCAAUUGGAUCAGUGUUUUCCGGGGGAGUGCUUGGCAGUGGCACGAGGGUCGUCAGGAGUACUAUCUCCAUCAGUUCGUAAACAAGCAGCCCGAUUUGAAUUAUCGCAAUCCAAAAGUGCGGGAGACCAUGAGUAACGUUUUGAGAUUUUGGCUGGCCAAGGGCGUAUCCGGUUUUCGCAUUGAUGCGGUGCCCCACGUGUUCGAGAUAGCGCCGGACGCUCAGAACCAAUACCGCGACGAGCCGCGCAAUGAUUGGGACAACGACCCCGAGGACUACGGCUAUCUGCAGCACAUCUACACGGUGGACCAGCCGGAGACCAUUGACCUGGUCUACUCGUGGCGAGCGGUGCUGGACUCAUUCCAGCGGGAGCAUGGCGGCGAGGAGCGCAUCUUGAUGGCCGAGACCUAUUCACCCAUCGAUAUCGUGAUGCAGUACUACGGCAACGCUACGGCGGAGGGCGCUCAGCUGCCGUUCAACUUUCUGCUGAUAAGCGAGCUGACCAACUCGUCGAAUGCCCAUGCCUACGAGGGAACGGUGCUCAAGUGGCUGCAGCAUAUGCCAAAGGGUCGCACAGCCAACUGGGUGUUAGGCAACCACGACAAACCUCGAGUGGCUUCCCGUUUGGGCCGCGACCGGGUGGACAUGCUGAACAUGCUCACAUCGACGCUGCCCGGCGCCAGUGUCACCUACCAGGGCGAGGAGCUGGGCAUGACCGAUGUGUGGAUCUCGUGGAAGGACACCGUGGACCCCUCCGCUUGCAACACCAAUCCGAGCAUCUAUGAGCUGUACUCCCGCGACCCGGAGCGCACUCCCUUUCAGUGGGCCGAUGCCCCGGAUGCGGGAUUCAGCAACGCCAGCAAGACUUGGCUGCCCAUCGGCCUGGACUACAAGCUGGUCAACGUGGAGCUGGAGCGGCAGAAGCCCCUCAGUCACCUGAACGUCUUCAAGCAGCUCUGGCAGUUGCGGAAGCAGUCAAACACCCUGCAGCGCGGUGAAACUGAAGUGAAGGCCCUCAGCGAUGCAGUGCUGGCCGUGAAAAGAUGUCUCGAGCAUGACUCGACCUACUUGACCCUGCUGAACAUUUACGACGGUGUGGAGAGCAUUAAUCUGCAGCAGAGCUUCCCCGACUUGCCAUCUCAACUCAAAGUUGUGCUGGUCACAGAGCGAUCUCAAUUCAAAGUGGGCGACCUCAUCAACUCUACCUCGUUGCAACUGCAGCCCAAGGAUUCGCUGAUCCUGGAGACCAGCUCCUCAUAUUAUAGUUAUGCCACCAAUGGAGAAACUCGCUUUCUGCCCGUCCUGGGAGUUUAUCUCUGGGUGGCUCAAGUGGCCCUCUAUCUGAGCGGCCGAUGAGUUCCCACCCAGCUAGCUGGUAAUGAAUAACUCACAAUAAAGUCAAAGCACUUGAGCACUUA